GUUAAAAUAGCUAUACUAAUAGUAGUUAUAGCGAAUCUUAGUGACGACUUAUUUUAGUAAAAAUUGACUUGUCUGUAUAUCUAUCUAUAAUCAAAAGUACAAAAAUAAUUAAGUGGAUAUAUGUUGUAAACUUGUGUAGUAUAUAUCAAAUCCAUUGAUUUUAGUUAAUAAGCUGUGUUUACAAUAUUUUUCAAACCUUAACCAAAGUAUCAAUUUAUUUGAAUAUUUACACCUAAUUAGAAGAAUUAUUAUUAUCAAAUGAAAUUAAUUCCAUGGAUGUUAUUCACGUUGACUUGCGUACCUACAAGUGUCGUUGGAUUUCCAGCUAAUAUUCCAGCAGACUUUUCCAGAAAUCUACUACUAAGACAACUCUUAAACUUUCAACUUCCAAAAGAUUCUAGUUUUGAGUCAAUUAGCAGUUUGUCUGCUACCUCAUGGAAUCCAACCUGGUCAGCUUUAUUCUGGACGUCAUGGUCAAAAUGGGAGUUGUGUACACCGGAUAAACAGUGUACAAUUGAUGGUGAUGAUAAAUUAACUGAUACAGAAAAUUUUAUAUAUCGUACAAGAAUAUGUCAAUUUCAGUCGAUGAAUGAACAUUUACUAUACUCACACAAAUUAAUCAAAGGUAUAAGUCUACCAAAUGGUAUGGUUCCAUGCUCAAAGGAAGGUUUAGCUGAAAGAUAUAUUAAAAAAUGUCCUGACUUAAGCCAGUGUAUUAAUGAAGAUUCACUACAGAGUUUUUCUGUAGAAGAACAACCCAAAUCGUCUCUUGAAACACAUUCAUCCAAAUGUGAAGGAGUUGAGUGUGAUUCUAUGGACAAGACAGAAGUUGUAAUUGCUACCGAAAAACCGUCAAUUAUCGGAAGGUUUAUUAAACACAAUCAGUUUUGGGGACCAUGGAUAGCUUUACAACACUGUUCAGCAAUUAUUCCUACAAUUGAUGAACUUCCAGAUGAAUAUCCUUGGGAAUCAAUGUUAAAUUUUAGUAGAAUACAGGCUGGAAAAAGAUGUCAGCCAGGAUUACAAUUACAAAUCAGAAAUCUACUAAGUGGAACAGAUAUCACUAGCCAUCCUCAAAUCAGUCAAAUGGAAGCGAAUUUCUCCCCAGCAGUAGUUAAAAUCACACCAACUACUGAAAUGCGUAAGAUUCACUGUUGGAUUAAUGAAGCUUGUCCAACAUCAGAAGUGAAAGUUGAACCACCAAUCACAUGUGUUUUUCAAGCUAUUUAUCGUAGUCCAUCUGUACAAGUUAAGUGGCGUCGUACACCAUAUGGUCGUAUACCAUCACAUUUUGAAGUCCAUGUAUUAGACUUGAUAAAUUCUGUUCAUUAUCAAGAAUCUGAACUCCAUGUUGAACAAAUUAAGUUGAAUAAAUUAGAUCCAUGGGGAGAAAAUUAUAUUACUGAAGUAUUUGGAUUGAAAAUUGGUCAACCAUAUCAGAUUAGUAUAGGAUCUGCUGAUGAAGCAGGUAAUAUAUACUUUUCAAAAAAUUGUGAAGCAGUUGUUAUCAUUGGAACUGGUGAUGGUUCAUGGUCUAAAUGGUCGAAUUGGAGCAAUUGCAAUUCGAAAUGCUCGUCAAAGUUAGGCACACGUAGCAGACACAGAAAAUGUAAUUCACCAGCACCACGAAAUGGUGGUCGUAUGUGUCCUGGUUCAGAUCAGAUGCAUUUUGAAUGUUUUGGAACUGAUAUUAAUUGCUGAGAUAACUGCAUGACGGUGUUGCUUUUAAAUUUAGCUCAAUUAUUAUUUCUACGUUGGAAAGAAGACAGUUGUGCGCUUUAAUAAAGUAUUAAAAUAGCCCACUAGACAAUAGAAAUGUUUUAACAGUAUCAUUUUUAGCUGUUCAAGAUCUCAAAGUUAAAAUGCUAAUUAUCUACUCAUCCUUAUCUGAACUCUAAAACGCUUUUAAGUUCAUCUUUUAAUACUAAAAAUGUUUAGGGGACAGAUUUUAGCGGAGUACUGCAUGUAAAGCGCGUUCUUCAUUGUAGAAUUUUCCUGAAAAACUAAAUUAUAUACUAAUUGUUUACUCAUUUAUGUACCUUCAACAUUCACUUCAUUCAUGUACGCUUAAAUAAAACACUUUUUCACGUCUUUUGAAAGCUUCAUCACCUGGACACUGUAUGGCGUUUUUAGUGGGCUAGUGAUGCUU